UACAAAAACAGUUACACAAAACAAUAAGCGCCACAAUCCACGUGUUGUGUGCCACUUACUCUUUCAGCUUAUGUGUCACCACCUUUCGCCCAUUGCUUUCGUUUGCACACUACCCUCGUGUAUUUCUCCGCCAUUUUCUCUCUUCUACAACAACAAUAACGUUUAUCUAAACUAUCUUCUUCACAAUUUUAUCGCCCUAGCUAAUCCAAUAAUUUUAAUUUUACGUGAUUCGAAUAAUUGCAUGUUUUAUUAGCUUCAACGAGGAUAUUCACAUUCUCCCUCGUUGGAGAUGAAUGGGAAUGGUGGGGAGCAAGAAACGGCCUUUGAAAUAGGCGUGGUGAUUCCGAAGAGUCGUUCAGGAAAUUUAAAGGAUGGAGAUAAUUAUAAUAAGAGUGCUGAUUGCAUUGAGGUUCUUGUUGACGAGUUUCAAAAAGCGGGAUUAAUUGUUGAUAGAAUUGUUGGCCUUCAAAAUGAAUUCAUCAGGUUGGGAGCGCCACUAAAAACUCUUGGCCAGGCUGCAGCAGAGUUGCAGUUGAAGAAACGGACUCAUAUCGGAGUGGAUUUGCAAUUUCACUGGGAUGAGGUUGAAGCAUAUGAAAGGCAGCCAGAUGGCUCCUUGUUUAGUUGGUUCGAACGAUACUGUUGCUACCGUCACAUAAUAUAUGGGAUUGUGAACACAAGCACCUCAACACUUAUAUUAAAGUCUGAUGGAAAUGAGGUGCACUGGGAGCCAGGAAAGCCUCUUUUGCGAAUAUUGGAGGCGGUGGGCAUUGUUAAAGAAGUGUUCCCUGUGCAUGAUGAAAAAAAGAGGAAGCAGCUUCUAAGAAGUUGGGCAUUGAACUGGUGGGACUUCACUACUCAGCCUAUAGAUGAUAUUUGUAACUAUUAUGGAACGAAGAUAGCUUCAUAUUUCGCGUUUCUUGGGAUGUACACAAGAUGGAUGCUCUUCCCGGCUGCAUUUGGACUUACAGUGCAAUUAGUGGAUUUUGGGUCAUUGCAGUUGUUUGUCCUUUCUGCUUUCUUCAUAAGCAUAAUUUCUUGGGCUGUGUUAUUUUUCCAAUUCUGGAAACGUAAAAACUCCGCUCUUCUUGUCAGGUGGCAGAUGAAUUAUCCAGCUGGUGCGGAAAAUGGAUCUAGAUUCUCUGAAGGUGAAUGGUACCAGUUUCAUUCCCCUUUGGAGCUCAUGAAGAAACAGGGAGCUGACAAACCUGAUAAACCAGGAGGAAAAGAAGCAUUUCAAAGAGAGGAAUGGCUUGGUCAUUUCAUGAGAUUCAGAAAUGAUGCCAUGAUUAUACUGAGCAUCAUAUGUCUCCAGUUGCCUUUUGAAUUGGCUUUUGCUCAUGUCUAUGAGGUUUUGAGGUCUGACAUAUCAAAGUUUUGUCUGACAGCUGUAUACCUCUUUAUUAUUCAGUACUUCAACAAAAUUGGUGGAAAGAUAUCAGUGAAGCUUGUAAAAUAUGAGAACAACAAAAACAUAGAACGGAGAGCUGACAGUUGGGUUUACAAGGUGUUUGGCCUUUACUUCAUGCAAUCCUACAUUGGAAUCUUCUAUCAUGCUUUAUUGCAUCGCAAUAUCAUGACACUUCGCCAAGUUCUCAUUCAACGUCUCAUUAUAUCAGAGGUGCUGGAGAAUAUGUUGGAGAACUCCCUACCUUAUUUAAAAUACAGCUUUAAGAAAUAUAGAGCUGUGGGAAACAAGAGAAAACGUGAGAAAGGAAUGUCCUCGGAAAAGACCCAAUACAUGUCUAGAGUAGAAAAGGAGUACCUUAAACCUGAUUAUUCUGCUAGCAUUGGAGAGGAGCUUGAAGACGGACUUUUCGAUGAUUUUCUGGAAUUGGCGUUGCAAUUUGGCAUGAUCAUGAUGUUUGCUUGUGCAUUUCCACUUGGUUUUGCCUUUGCUACUUUGGAGCCGUAUUCAAUUCUGAUUUUUCAGAACAACAUCACAGAGAUACGAACAGAUGCACUGAAAUUGCUUGCCAUGUUAAGAAGGCCCAUUCCACGUCCCGAUGCAACAAUUGGAGCUUGGCUAAACAUAUUUCAGUUUCUGAUUGUCAUGUCAAUAUGCACAAACUGCAUUCUCCUUGUAUGCCUAUAUGAUCAUGAGGGGAAAUGGAAAAUAUCACCUGGACUUGCUGCAAUUCUCAUUAUGGAACAUGUACUUUUGCUCAUAAAAUAUGUGUUCUCGCGCAUUGUUCCAGAGGAGCCGGCCUGGAUAAGAGCUAAUAGGAUGAAGAACGCAACUCAUGUACAUGAUAUGUGCUCCAGACAACUUUUAAGGAGCAUUUCUGGUGAAAAGAUGCUGAAUUAAAUAAAGAUGAAUAGUGAUAUGUUGAAGGACUUACGAGUGGCAUGUUCCUAUCCAGACCACGGCGUCACUUUUCUGUUAAAGCGAAAUUUGAAAGUAGAUGUCGGAGCAUGUAUAAAGAUUUCGAGCUGUGUGUAACUGUGCGAUGAGUGGUUUUCUUCUUAGUGGACUCUUAGGUGCCAGUGUGCUUGUUUCGCAAGCCAGUGUAAAGUGCGAUUUUCUCCUUUGGAAGUUUUUUUUUUUUUUUGUUUUUUUGAUUGUGCAGCUAGACUAGAUACCAUUUCCUAGCACUCCUAAAUAAUGUUCAUAAUUAUCACUUCCACCCCAAAA